UACAGCAGCUCGAUCUUAACAAACAGCGCAAAACAGGGGGGUGGAGGGGAGAGCAGAUUACAGGACUACAGCAAACAAACACUCACUUAAAGGGGGUGGACGACAGCACUUAAGGUGAUUUUAAUCACGUUAUUUUUCCAUAAGGCUGCUCAGCAGGGUCUCCUCCAACGCGCUGCGCUCGGCUCGGCUCGGCGGCUUUGUGGACAGAAGAUGCCCGGGCGAUUCUUCUCUCAGAUGUGCGGCUUGGCUGUGUGGUGGGCAUUUCUAAUCCAGUCUCCGAUCUCUUCCGCCAGCACUACCUACCGGCGACACGUGGCCGCUGAUAAGAGACAGAACUUUCUGGAGAGAACGCUGAUUUUGCUGGACGUCAACACGCGAAGCCCGGUGCGGCUUCUGAAUGACAACUUCUUAUCUCUGCAAGUGGACCCGUCGAUCCUGAAGAACGGCUGGCUGGACUUCUUAAGUCUCUCUCUCUGUUUCCUCAGUUCCAAGCGGUUAGUGACUUUGGCUAGAGGACUUUCUCCAGCUUAUCUAAGGUUUGGGGGAAAGAGGACAGACUUUCUCCAGUUUCAUAACCUGAAGAACUUAGCCAAGUUUAGAGGACCAGGACCAGACUAUUACCUCAAGAAUUAUGAGGAUGACAUAGUUCGAAGUGACAUUGCCCUGGAUAAACAAAAGGGCUGUAAGCUAGCCAGUCACCCUGACAUGAUGCUGGAGCUGCAAAGGGAGAAAGCGGCUCAGAUGCAGCAAGUUCUACUGAAGGAGCAGCUCUCCAACCACUACAGCGAUGUCACGAUAACAGCCAGGUCUUUAGACAAACUGUACAAUUUUGCUGACUGCGCCGGCCUGCACCUGAUCUUUGGGCUCAAUGCCCUACAUCGGAAUCCUGACAACUCGUGGAAUGCCUCUAGUGCAUUGAGUUUGUUAAAGUACAGUGCUGGCAAGAAGUACAACAUAUCCUGGGAGCUGGGCAAUGAGCCCAACAGCUACCGCACUAUGGUAGCUCGUUCAGUCAACAGCAGUCGACUGGCUCAGGACUACAUUAUGCUGAAGACACUGCUGCAGUCUGUCCGCUACUACAGCCGGGCCAAUCUCUAUGGGCCCAACAUUGGCCGUCCACGCAAAAACGCAAUCCUGCUACUGGACGGGUUCAUGAAGAAUGGUGGUUCUGUCGUUGAUGCAGUUACGUGGCAACAUUUUUACAUCGAUCGGCGUGUGACUAAAGUGGAGGACUUUUUGAAGACACGCCUUCUGGACACCCUGACAGACCAGAUCACAAAGGUGUUAAAGAUUGUGAAGAUGCAUGCUCCCGACAAGAGGGUGUGGUUGGGAGGAGUUGGUCCUGCAUGGGCUGGAGGCAUCAGCAAUUUGUCAGACACAUUUGCAGCUGGACUAUUGUGGCUAAACACUCUUGGCAUUUCUGCAAUGCAAGGAAUUGAUGUAGUACUUCGACACUCUUUUUUUGACUAUGGUUACAGUCAUCUAGUGGACCAACAAUUCAAUCCUCUACCUGAUUACUGGCUGUCUCUGCUCUUUAAGCAUUUGGUGGGUCCCAGGGUGUUGGCAGUGCAAGUUGCUGGGCUCCAAAGGAAGCCACGUCCAGGGAAAGUGAUCCGAGACAAGUUACGCAUCUACGCACACUGUACAAGCUUUACCAAUCACAAUUAUGUCAGAGGCUCCAUAACCAUCUACAUCAUCAACCUGCAUCGGUCGAGAAAGAAAAUAAAGCUAGCUGGGACAUUACGAAAUAAAACAGUUCACCAAUACCUGUUACAACCCUUUGGAGCUGAUGGUCUUCAUUCAAAGUCUGUGCAGCUGAAUGGAGAACAUUUGGUCAUGUUAGACAGUGACACUUUCCCUGAGCUGAAACCACGGACACUCAGAGCAGGACGAACAAUACUCAUGCCCCCAGUUUCCAUCGGCUUUUAUGUCAUCAAGAAUAUCAAUGCCUAUGCCUGUCGCAGAUAAUACACAUUCAGAUUCUCAUCCAACUGAAAAGGAACUGCCCUUCAUGUAAGCAAGGGUUGCACUGAAUCUCUUUCAAAAAUAUCCCUUCUCUUCACUCUACAAGACCAACACUGUUUCUGAAAAAGCAUUGAUUAUUCUCCUGCAUUUCUCCGCAUCCAGCUGACUUUGGUUUGUAGUGUUUCUUGUAUUUUGGGGGGAUGUCAAGAGGAGUUGUCUUUAAUCAAUCCAGUGCCCUGGGUUUGUUUGGUCUAGAUGUCUCCUUGUCAUUGGAAUGCUGGUCAUCCUUGAGGAUAAUCUAAUAUUAACUAAAAAAAUAAAAAGUAAAAAAGAAAUAAAAUAGUAGAACACUAGUUGUAAUACUAGAUGUGGUAUGCUGUGGUAGAGAACAUUACAGUUCACUCCCUGCAGCAAAUGAAUACUUAGCCAUGGGCAAAUCUUCUUUUUCUCAAUACAACAUACAAAUCCUUGUCACCUUAACAUGUAGACUUAUAUAAACAUAAAAAGUUCAAUCUUUUAUCCGCUCUGAUUAUUCCAGUUAUUUGAUAACAGUUUAGCGCAGAGUAAUAUUAUUUUUCUUCCAAAUAGGUAACUGGACAUAAACCCUGAACUACAAAUGUGACAAAAGAAAGUGUAUUUAAUGUUUAUUUAGCUCAGGAAAUGAGUAACAAUAUCCUCUCAUUUUAUUUAGUUCAUUUAUUGCUUCCCUCCCUUCAUACUGUACAUUAUUGGUUCUAUACCUGUGCAUGUUAUCCAAACAGACACACAUAUUGUACACUGCCAUAACACUGUAAAUGUUUAUUUCAUCUGAUUUCGUCUAUCUCAGGCUCGAUAAAAAUCUCUUUCCGAACUGUACCCAGCACUACCUUAUAGAGUAUAUUGUGUAAACAAAUGUACAGUCAAUCCCUUGUGCUGCUAGACGUUUGGUGAAUAUUAAGCUUGAUGAAUAACAAAUUAUUUGUAACAGAUAUGAGCAUAAUUAUUCUGUGUACAUAUGUUUAUCUUAGAUGUUUUGGUGUGUGCUGUUUCUUUACAUAUAUUAUUUAUAGAAAUAUAUAUUUGUAUAUAUUUUAGUUCAAUAAAUUGUUUAUCAUUUAUUUCAUUUUUUUAUUUUAUAAAGCAUAUGAGAGCCCUUCACAAGUAGGGACUUAUAUUUAGCCAAGAAAUGCAAUUGUCAUAAUGACUGCAAAGGUACAUACUGUUUCUCUAUAAUGCUUUUAAGUUUCCUCACAUUCUGACGAUAAACUUUUAAGUGGUAAAUUAUCUAAUUAUAAUGCACAAAUUGGAGCUGAGAGACUCCUGGGUGCUGGUUGCAAACAGUUUUGUAACUAGCUGAUAAGAGGCACAAAAGUAAAAUGGUAUGAAUCCUGUUAUUAAAUAUUCUUUCGCUCAAGCAUACUUGUUAAUCAUAUGAAGUGAAGUUUUAUUUGAUGAUAACCUCCAGUCAUUUCCAUCUUGGUAUUUAAGUAAACAUCUAUAAGUACUCGGCUGAUACAUAGCACAAAAACAAUCUUAACACAGUCUGGUUCACUACUAAGGGUUUGUCUCAAGGCAAGGUCAGUGCCUGAAGUUGUAAAAUAGCUUCUUUCUUCUAUGAAUGUGUUUACUGAUUAUUUGGAGUUGUUAAUAUUUUAUUCUUUUGUCAGAGCAUUGUUUUAUUGUGUGAAAUGUCUAUGUUUGAACAUCAUUUGCCUAAAUAUAUUUACAGUAAUAAAAUAAUAAUUUAAAAUGUACUUUUGUUCCAGUAGAACUAAACUUCAGUUUGAUUUUUAUUAUUAAAGCUAACUAGCAGUGUUUUUAGGCAGUGUUUUUAUGCACUGAGUUUUUAGGCAGUGUUUACGCAGUGAGUUUUUAAUAUAUAUAUAUGGGUAUCACUGUCAAUAUAUUAUAUAUAUUUGUAAAAUAACACUAUAGAAUCUAUCAGCUGUAUUAUAUUUUUUUGAGCAAAUAAGUCUGUAUCUUAUUAUAUGUUGUAACUUAUAUUUUUUUAUCUGUUAGAAGUUUGUCUGUUAGAAGUGCAUGUGGUUUUACUGCACACUGUACCUUCCCAGUAAUAUACUUACCAAUUAUUAAACUGCAUAUAUGAUAUAUUUAUGACAGAGGCUCAGUGGGAGAAAAAAAAGCAAAUCUAAGGCUGGCAUGGUGGUUCAGCGUAUAGUAUUGCAGCCUCACAGCUCCAGGGUCUGCGGUUUGUUCCUUUUAGCUCAGGUUUCUGUCUGUGUGUAGUUCUGCGUGUUCUCCCAAUGUCUGUGUGUUUUUCCUCCAUGUUCUUUGGUUUCCUCCCACCUCCUGUGUGUGUGUGUGUGUGUGUGUGUGUGUGUGUGUGUGUGUGUGUGUGUGUAAUUGUGAGUGUAUGUGUCCAUGUGUGUGUGCGUGCCAGUGCCUGAGAUGGACUGGCAUUCCAUCCAUGGUGUAAUCUCACCAAGCAUCCAGGGUUUCCUGGAUCCACCGUGACCCUGACCAGGGAAAGGCAGUUACUGGCGAAUGAAUGGAUGAAUGAAUGAAUGAAUAAAUGAAUGAUACACACUUGCAUACUUUUCACGCAGCGUGGAAGCUCCAGUGAAAAUUACAGAAAAUGACAAAUAAGCAAAAUGGAAAAUGGAAAUAAAUGUUUUCUGGUUAGGUUGUGAGUUAACAGAGCGCAGUGUUGCAGCACAUCUUUAGAAAUGCAAGGUUUAAAGAUAUUGGAAGAUAUUUUUUUAAUUAUUAUUAUUUAUACCUGGGCCCAAAAACAAAAGAAAUGCAGAAAUUAAUUAUGACAGGAAAAGGGAAUGGAAAACCAAAGACAGUCGGGUCAGGUCAGGCUGAACUGAGGAGGCUUCAAAGAGCACCAGGCAUGUUCAGGCCUCACACUGGACAGAUCCCAAAGGCUACUUGGCCUGCCAGGUCUCUCAGAACUCAAAUCAGCAGCUGGAAGCAAACUUUUGUUGUGAGAUGGAAGAGCAUUGCGUUGUCAGGAGAGGGGUGUAAAGCAGUCAGCGAUGGAGUCCGUUUGCAAACAGGCAAGUUGACAUUCAAAAGAGAUUAUGAGUAAUAGGCAAAUAGGAAAGAACCAAUCUCUAUAUCUUUCUUUCUAAAGAGAAACACCUUUAAGUAGCAGACAGGUUAUUUAAAGUUGUUUGGUAACCAGAAUCAAUAACAGUCAAAAAAUAACUCAUUCAUUCAUUUUCAGAAAUUGCUUUAUCCUGAUCAGGGUUACAGUCAUAAGAUAACUGACCCUUCUAAUACUACCGUAGAAGGGUGCAGACACUGCGAUAUUUUUUAUAGCAAAAAGUAGUUCCAUUCAGACUCAAUACAUUUUCUGUUUUGUCUCAGUUCUGUUGUAUGUUCCAACAUCUUCACACUUUAGAACAAGAUAAAUAACCCUUUAUGCAGAUGGAUCAAUGGGGAAAGUAUUUACACAGUAUUUACACAGCACAAGUAUCAUCUCUAUUAUACUGUGAACAUCAGAAAACUUCUCUAUUUCACAUAUGGUUCAUCUUAAAUGAGUCAACUUGGUCCAUUUCUAAACACAGACCUAGAUCAUUCACACUUGGGUUUGUUUGGUAAGGACCCAAAAUACUGACAUUACCCAGAAGUCCUUUAUGAGCAUAUUUUAUCAUUCAAAGAUAUUUAUCCACAUUUAAAACAUGGGACAUACUUCAAGGAAACUUGCUGAGUAAACACCAAGUUUAAAAAAACCAUGAAAACAUGCAUAGUUUACAGAACAAUAUUGAAGCUUCACAAGAAACUGGUGGGGAAAGCAUUUCUUUCACAGAACCAUAUGGCAUAUACAGACCAAAGCCCAUGGCAAACAAAACAAAACACCUAUUCCUCUUGAUAAGCUUUAUGUUUGAACAAAAAUAAAAGAAUAUUUUUUAAUCUUAUGAUGAAACAGAAUUGCUUUUUUAUCAGAUUAAUUAAGAAGCCUGCAAAACUAGAAAUUUGCAUUGCAGAUAUAUGCAGCUAUAAUUUAUCUAAGCUAAGAGGCCUGCGCACAGUCAGCAUACCUUUGCGUGACUAUGCCCUCUUAGCCAUGCAAACUGUAACCAAAUCCACUGUGAAACUGUUUAUAUUUUUGGAUCCAUUUGUAGUAUGCAGACCCACUCCUCUCUAAGCUGGUGGAUUUCAUGUUGUUUACACUAUGUAUACAGUAGUCAGCUUAAAUAAGGCUUAUGGGAAUGUUGUCGUCUCAGGACUCACUAAAUAGAUUAGGUAAUGUUCAAACAAUUUUAAAUUCUUACAGGUGUGAGGGAAUAACCCAAAUGAAGCUCUCGAAGUGUUAAUAUUUCUUCUGAAAAUA